GGGUUGCGAAAGAGACUAAAGUGUAUGUGGUGCUUCAGAGAGUAAACGAAAACAUGGCUGCCUCACGUAACGUCGUCAUCGUUGCUGUUCUUGCUAUCGCUGUGUACUUUAUCCGUGAGCACUGCCAAGGAAGAGUGUGCAAGAGUGAAGCGAGACUUGACGGCAAGACGGUCAUCAUUACUGGCGCCACUACAGGCAUCGGGAAAGAAACUGCAGUUGAUCUGGCAAAGCGCGGUGCACGAGUCAUCAUCGGCGCUCGAAACCUGGACAGAGGUAACGCUGCAGUUAGAGAUAUCCAGGCAAGAUCAGGCAGUCAGCAAGUCUUCGUAGAACACCUAGACCUUGCUUCUCUUAGCUCUGUCCGUAAAUUCGCUGAGGUUAUUAACAAAAAGGAAGAGAGAGUCGAUAUUCUGAUGAACAAUGCUGGUGUGGCUUGGAUUCCUUUCAAGAGAACAGAAGAUGGAUUCGAGAUGAUGUUUGGGGUGAAUCACUUGAGUCAUUUCCUCUUAACCAAUCUGCUACUAGACAAGCUGAAGCGCUCUGCUCCAAGCAGAAUUAUUAACGUAUCUUCAAAAGCUCAUCUUUUUACCUCCGAAAUUGAUUUUGUGGAUUGGAACGAUGAGAGCAAAUAUUCAAUGCUAUCACGCUAUGCAAACAGUAAAUUAGCAAAUGUCCUAUUUGCGAGGGAACUUGCUAAAAGGCUCAAGGACACUGGUGUAACAACAUACUCUCUUCAUCCUGGUACUAUAAUGACCGAUCUAGGGAGGGAUAUCCCUGGGGGUAAAUUCAUCAAAGUGUUCCUUUGGCCGAUACAAAAAGUAUUUUUUAAAAGUCUCGAGCAUGGUGCACAGACACAAAUUUGCUGUGCUGUGUCUGAGGAACAUGCAAAUGAGACUGGCUUGUACUAUGAUGACUGCCAAGUGGCUGAGCCAAGUAAAGCCGCACAAGAUGAUGAAGCAGCAAAGAAACUCUGGGAUCUCAGUGCUAAGUUGGUUUCAUUGUGAUUAUUUUAGAAUAAAAUUAAUAUUAGCCUUUCUACCUGAUAUGCAGUUUCUUAGAAAAUAUUUAAAUACUGAACUUGAUCUUGGAAUGAUUCUAAACGGUGCUUCUUUUAUACUAAACAUUUUAUAGUGGAGGGCUAAAAUUCACUGAACAUUUCAACAGAAAAUUAAAAUACCAGUUACCCUGGAUGCAUAUUCUGGGUACGCAGGCAGAAUAGGAUUAUGCAUUUUAAUGUGCACUGUAGCCUGUUCUAAAAGAUUGGAGAUUACCUGAUAAUGUGCUAUGCCAUGCUGUAAUUAUAGGGUAGAGAGGGUUUAUUAUAUGCCAGACAACUGUAACAUCACCACUAGCAUAGAGAAUCCACAAAAUUGUUAAAAAUCUGUAGAAACGGUAAAAUAUUAAAUUGAAAGAAUUGUA